UAAAAGAGAAGAGCAAUGAUGAUGCUGUAACCAUAUGAUGACGGUGAAUCCGAACAAGGAAUGUCUUGGGCAAGCCAUCGGGGCUGGUCGCAAUUUUGGCUCAAGGUUUCGAGGGGCCGUCGCCGGCCUCCCAGGGCUCCCCUCUGGCGUCUCUCGUUCCGCUCAGCGCUGCACAUCUGCAGACGGCAUGAUGCGCCUGCGCACGUCUCACAGCGUCGGCGCGCUGCUCUUGCUGCUGGCAGCGCGCGGCGCCCCGAGCGCCGGGUCGCCGGCGAGCGGGACGCUGGCCCGCCCGAGGGUGGAGGGCUCGGCGAGCGGUCGCCCUCGCGAGCCGCAGGCCGAGUUCGGGAGGCGCCUGUCUACCAGCGGCGUGCAGUUGCUCAAACUCAUGGCGGGUGAUGGGGUCGCCAACGACCGGUUCGGAAUGUCUGUGGCCGUGAGCUCCGACGGGGCCCGCGUGGUGGUGGGGGCCGUUUACUACUACUACGAAGACUAUACGUCAAAUAUUCAUGGCUCCGUGUACGUGCUCGACGGGGCCACUGGCGAGACGCUGCUGAAGUUUGUGGCGAGUGAUGGGGCUGCAAUCGACAUGUUCGGUUACUCGGUGGCCGUGAGCUCCAAACGGGCCCGGGGUGGUGGUGGGGAGCAGAUAUGACGACGACCAGGGCUACAAGUCCGGCUCCGUGUACGUGCUCGACGGGGCCACCGGCGAGACGCUGCUGAAGCUUGUGGCGAGUGAUGGGGCUGCAGACGACUGGUUCGGUGAGUCGGUGGCCGUGAGCUCCGACGGGGCCCGCGUGGUGGUGGGGGCCAUAGGUGACGACGACCAGGGCACCAAUUCCGGCUCCGUGUACGUGCUCGACGGGGCCACCGGCGUGACGCUGCUGAAGCUUGUGGCGAGUGAUGGGGCCAACUUCGACUUUUUCGGUUCCUCGGUGGCCGUGAGCUCCGACGGGGCCCGCGUGGUGGUGGGGGCCUAUGGUGACGGCGACCAGGGCUCCAGUUCCGGCUCCGUGUACGUGCUCGACGGGGCCACCGGCGUGACGCUGCUGAAGCUUGUGGCGAGUGAUGGGGCCGCCUUCGACAAAUUCGGUUCCUCGGUGGCCGUGAGCUCCGACGGGGCCCGCGUGGUGGUGGGGGCCUGUGGUGACGGCGACCAGGGCUACAAUUCAGGCUCCACGACUUGUUCGGUUCCUCGGUGGCCGUGAGCUCCGACGGGGCCCGCGUGGUGGUGGGGGCCAGAGGUGACGACGACCAGGGCUCCGGUUCCGGCUCCGUGUACGUGCUCGACGGGGCCACCGGCGAGAGGCUGCUGAAGCUUGUGGCGAGUGAUGGGGCCGCCUACGACUUUUUCGGUUCCUCGGUGGCCGUGAGCUCCGACGGGGCCCGCGUGGUGGUGGGGGCCUAUGGUGACGACGACCAGGGCGACAGUUCCGGCUCCGCGUACGUGCUCGACUUCACCGAGGCAACAACUGAGACGACCACCGCGACGACCACCAAGACGGCCACGACGACCGCCGAUACGGGCACGCGUUCCGCGACGUCAAGCACUACUACCAUCACCAUCAAGACGGCCACGACGACCACCGAUACGAGCACGAGUUCGGACACGUCAAACACCACAGCCACCACCGAGCCAUGGGGAUUAAUUGCAGUCUUCGCUGGUGUCUUGAUCUUCUUCUUGUUGAUCUUGUUCUUGGUCUGCGGCGUCGCGCUGGGCUGCCUGGUGGGGCUCGAGUGUCUUGGCCGCGGCAGGGGCCCAACACCCCAGCGCGGCAUUCACAACGCGGAGGUUGAGGUCAACUAGUCGGAGCAGGGCGCGGAGAUCGAUGAGCACGAGUCGGCGCACCGUGUUUAGCACGACGCGGAGCCUGUAUCAUCAGGCUAGUAUGUGUGUCGCUCGCGCCUCAGUAUGUGUGCCGCUCGCGCCAAGGCGCGUCAGGCUGCACUGCUAGCUUGCAGGUGGUCCGCCUGCGGCCAGCCAAGUGAAUUUGAUGCAUUUCUUCACUUCCAAGAGCUGGCCUCUCCACCUUGCGCGCACAUCCUUGGACAAUCGACCAGAUAAGUGCGCGCCAGGCUGAUGCGUCUCCGUCGGAAAAUAUCAAUGUCAUGUCCUGUUGUUCACUCUUUUCACUCCAGGGGCAGCGAGGAAUUUCGCUACGCUUUGUGUGCGCACCCUUGGAUUACUUACCAG